AUCAUCUGCACCUGGUUUUAUAUGAACUUAUGAGGAACGGGAGCGUAAACGUUGAGUUCAAGUAUGAUCCAUGAAGUUUUUUCUCCCGAAAUCGCUUACUUUGGUCUCUUCCUCGUCUCGCUAUGGCUCUCAGGAACCCUGUUUGAACAGGUCCUUCGCUGUCGACUCCUUGGCGAACUGCUCAUUGGCAUCAUAUUCGGCAACCUUGGUAUUGGCACCCUUUUACCGGCCGACAAGACGGUGUUCGUUCUCGCUGGAGACAUCGGUGUGCUCGGACUGAUCUUCGAAGCAGGACUCAGUACAGGACUUCACAAGCUUCUGAGGGCGGGUCCUAGAGGUGCUUUGGUGGCUCUAGUUGGUACUAUGGUUCCAUUGGCGACUGGGUAUGGAUACAUCUACGCCUUGUUACAACAACAUGCUAUCCAGGACGGGGGCGCAGAGGGAACCACUCCCAAUAUUGUCACAGAAGCAUUAGCAUCGGGUGCGGCGCUCGCCUCAACAUCGGUGGCAUGUGCCAUAUCCCUGAUGAAGCAGCAGGGACUAUUAGAAACUUCAGUGGGAACGUUGAUUACGACAGCUGCGAUGAUUGACGAUAUCGCCAGUUUGAUCCUGCUGGGCAUUGUUGCUGGAUUUGGAGGUUCGGAAUCUGAUAUCGGAGCCAUGACCAUUGUGCAACCCAUCCUGUCAAGUCUCGGAGUCAUCUUGGUAGGUCUCCUUGGAUGUAUUGCCGUGACCAAGUCCAAGACUCGACAGUCUGUGAAACAAGCUACAGAGAUGCGGGUUGUCAGCGAAGCAGGACAGGAAAACUCAAGCGCAGAUGCUGCUCAGACGGGCAAGGAGGAGGAGGAGAUAACAGACAGCCCCAACAUCAGACGUCAUGAGGCAUUGUACAAGUAUACAUUCUCGCCAGCCGUUAAACUUGCGGCGGUGUUGACCGUGGGACUGGGAUACAGUAUCUUGGCAGAGUACUUGGGCAGCUCCCGACUCCUUGGGGCCUUUGUAGCGGGAGUCUUUUUUUCGCCAUUCGAGGCACUCAAGGCGCUUUACGACGAGCAGAUUUCCCACAAAUUGCAGCCAGCCAUGAGCGCCAUAUUUUUCGCCACCAUCGGAUUUGCGAUUCCACUAUCGAAAAUCUUGGAUCCGUCGCUGUUUGGCUGGGGAGUGGUGUACGCUGUGAUCGCAUCUCUCGCUAAGCUGGUAACCGCUCUGCUGGCUCCUUCAGAGCCUGGUGAGGCCCAAUACUCCAGCACGCGAAAACAAGGAUUGAGCGAGCGCUGGAUGGUUGGAACAGCUAUGAUUGCUCGCGGUGAGCUCGGGUUGCUGAUGGUGCAACAGGCCCUCUUGCAAGGUGUGAUGACCCAGGCUGUCAUGAUCGUAACGACAUGGUCGAUCAUUCUCUGUACACUUGUAGGCAUAGGUGCUCUUAGUCUUGUUAUGAGAAAGAUAUCAGUUCAGAGGCAGGACUAGCCUGCACAAAAAUAUUGGAAUUCAG